GACCUCUGCACAGUCCCUCCGCAUGUUCGAAACCGGCUAGGUUUCCUACCCUCGUUGGAUUACAUCAAUUACACAUCAUGGUACUAGCAGACACGAUAACGGACCCAACCCCCCGGGAAUCGUUGCUAAACGGCAACCCAGAGUCGAUAACAAUCUCCAACUUCUCGGACAACGAAACUGUGACCUACUCCCUAGUGCUACUGCGAGGCAAAGCGCCAGCAUUAUGCUCAUACAUAAACAUCAGAAGUCGUAAAAAUACAGUGGCAGAAUGGCCAAUCGUUGGUGGAGAAUUUCGAAUCCUGGUGGAUCUCUCCCGAGGUGAGAACAAACUGGAGCUAGAAGCGGGUGGCCUAAAGCGUCGUAUCACCCUUAUCCACGAGCCCAGGACAACGCGAUUACGAGUGACUCCUGUGUACGUCAUUUGUUCAGGCCACGAUGGUUACUUCCAGGGUCCUAAGACAGAAGACAGAUCCCCGGAGAGUGCAGCAACCCGAAUUGGGUUGGGAGCUAGACUCCUCCAGUGUCUGACAGCGGAGAAAAUGAGGGAAGCAGGUCAUGGACGAAAGACCUUUCAAUUAGAAAGGGAUCUGGAUGGUCCUGAGUGUCUGGUGAUGCACAGUAUGCUGCACGUGGACAAAGCCAGAGCGAUGAAUCAGCGAGAACUCUGGGAGUUGAUUGGACGAGAGCUGAUGACAGGUCCACUGGCAUCAAGGGACAGAAAGUACCUCUCCUUCCUGUCCUGCACGAGGUACAGGGGCUACUCCUCAGGAUCACCUCGAAUUCCCACCCAUGAGUCAACAUUGGCACGAACUCAGGGACACGCAGCCCUCGGUGGAGGUGGACUUGCCCUCUUUGGAUCUGCUUGUCUCCACACGUGGCCCACGUGUCUUCCCCAGGUGUUGAAAAAAUUCCUAGACACAACGAUCGUCGAUACUGAUCAACUCAUGGAUGACAGCAACUACAGGGGCACUCAUGGGGGAUGUUUAGCCACUACUCUGGGAUCUGUUCUCCAUGAAUUGGGCCACACAUUUGAUCUGGGACACACCAGGGAAGGCAUUAUGGGACGGGGAUUUGAUUAUGUGGACAGGGUCUUUGUGGGUGGCACCGGUGUUGAUUCCAAUAAAAAUUCUGUUAGGAGAGACCCUCAGCACACUACUGUAGCUAUCAGUAGACCUCUCAGUGUCACGGUUACUGUUCAGGAACAGGUGAGCUCCCCCAGGAGGGGUCGACUCCUGUCUGAGACCUCGAGACCUUCUCAGUCCAGUCCCCACCUGGGACAGGAGAUUGGAAGACACAGUGGCAGACUAUCAGCCCCUGCCAGCCCUGAGCUCAAUCGAUCUUUCUCAAGGAGUCUGGCGAAUCAUCAGACUCCUUUACCUGAUAGAACCUUCUGGGGGGCCUCAUGCUCAGCCAUCCUGGCCUAUCAUCGGUGGUUCAAUCCUUCAAUCGACAAUUCCUACAGCAGGGAUAUUCAUGAUAACCGGGAGAUCAGCUAUGACGCUAAAAGAAAUGUGGUGAGAUCUCGAUUUGGUGUUCGUGUCAUGGAGUUGCGAGAGUCAUCCGGAGGAAUGGUGGUGAAUUCUCGACAAUUUCCAGGGUGUCGCCCACCCCUUGAGGCCCUCGUCGCCCUCCCACCCUCCCAGUGUCUCUCUCCAUUAACAGUAUUCGCUGAGGACUCUGUUGGGAAUGUCCUGAAGUACCCACUUCCAACUGCCUUCUGAAAAUCAAAAGUACUCGAUUUACACUCGAAUUAUUAAUCCUUACGUUUUCAAUUAAUUUAUGGAAGAGAGAGAGACAGAGAAAGAGAGCAGGCUUGGAACUUACGCUGUGCGUUAUUUCCAUAUGAUAUUUUUAAAAAAUUUUUAAACAUUUUCUUUUGCUUCUGGCUUAUGCUUGAAACUUAUCGAGAUUGUGUGUGGCUGAAGCGAAUUCGAGGGACAUAAUUAAUCAAAAUUGAUAGUUAAGGGAAUUGUACUGACUGAAAUGAUGUACUCGAUGGAGAAACGCUAUUGAUAAAUUUUUCAGAACCUGAAUAUUCCAAUGCACUAAUUAACAAAAUGAUUUAAUGACUGAGAGAAAUCAAUUCAAUGGUAUAAUGCAAUAAGUCGAAUUAUCGUUCUGUUAGAUAUCACUUAGUCUGAAAACGAUGGAUUCUAGAGAGAAAUGUCAAAAGAUCUUUUUCGUCGAGAAUUUAAUCAGCUACAUAAAAGUCCUCUAACAUUUCUAUCUCACGUCGAUAGUUCUUGCAACAAAUCUAUAAUUGAGACAAAUGAAUUUCCGGUUUAUCAAGUGUUGGGAAAUGGAAUUGAUAACUGAGUUAACUCCGAAGGGGAUCUAAAAUUAAUGAGAAUAAUGACGAGGCCUAUUAAUUUCCCAGUACAAACACAUCUAGAAGAACUGAUCGAUUAAAAUGACAUUCAGAUCGAUACGACCAAAAGGAAACAACUUCCGAAGGCUAAUUGAUCCAGUGAGACGUGAUAUGACUUCUGCUAGUCCAUAAAAUUGUACAUUACUGAUCACAUGUACAGUAUUAUUUCAUAAAAUUAUUUUAAUAACAUACCACCAGAAUAGCGAUAGAUGUAUGAAUGACAAUACAGUAUUGUAAUAAUGAACUAUUAUUAAUCAAAUGGCAUGUUUGGUUGUAAUUCCAAUGACUAGUGCUGUAUUUUCCAGACAUUUGGUGCUGUUAAAAAAAUUCACUGCAUUUCCAAAAAGUCGCUCCGGAUAUCAGCAAUUUUUUUUAACAGCGCUACCGAUUUAGGUAAUCCCUGAGUUGCUAUCAUCAAGUGAUCUCAAACGAUACAAUGUUUAUAUAUCAUUAUAUAAAUAAAUACCAACAUCAUAC